AUGAAUGCUCCGAUAAUAGAUCCAUUGCAAGGAGAUUUUCCGGAGGUAAUAGAAGAAUAUUUGGAGCAUGGGGUCAUCAAAUGUGUUGCUUUUAACCACCGUGGUUCUCUUCUCGCAGCUGGAUGUGCGGAUGGGGGCUGUGUGAUCUGGGAUUUUGAAACUCGGGGCAUUGCUAAAGAGAUUCGCGAUAACGAUUGUUCCGCUGCAAUCACAAGCGUCUCCUGGUCAAAGUAUGGUCACCGCCUGCUCGUGUCAGCUGCAGACAAGUCGUUGACUCUCUGGGAUGUCCCGAGCGGUGAAAAGAUUGCUCGGACGAUUCUUCAGCAGACUCCGUUGCACGCUCGCCUAAACCCUGGCUUAACCUCGCCGUCUCUUUGUCUGGCGUGCCCGCUCUCCUCUGCUCCGAUGAUAGUUGACUUUGACAUUGGCUGUACAACUUUGCUUCCAGUGUCUGUGCCUGAGAUGCCUGAUGUAUUAGCUCCUCCGCAGCGCAGCAAGUGUCCAGAAUCAGGUCCUCCUUUCUCUCCAGCUGCAGCGUGCUUUAAUAAGUGUGGGGAUCUCGUUUACGUAGGGAAUGCCAAAGGAGAAAUACUUGUAGUAGAUUACAAAAGUGUUCGUGUUCUCGCUUUGGUUCCUGUGUUUGGCGGGUCUCCAGUGAAAAACAUAGUGUUUAGCAGGAACGGGCAGUAUCUUCUCACGAAUUCACACGAUCGCACCAUUAGGAUAUAUGAGAAUCUCCUCCCAGCGAAAAACGUGCUUAGAUCCCUUGAGGAGUUGGGGAAGAACGUAGACGGGGUUGAUGGUGCUGAGAAGAUGAAGAAUGUUGGAUCAAAAUGCUUGACGCUCUUCAGGGAGUUCCAGGAUUCAGUUACCAAAAUGCAUUGGAAAGCGCCUUGUUUCAGUGGUGAUGGUGAGUGGGUUGUUGGUGGUUCUGCGUGCAAAGGAGAACAUAAGAUCUAUAUAUGGGAUCGGGCGGGGCAUCUUGUGAAAAUAUUAGAAGGUCCAAAAGAAGCGUUGAUUGAUCUAGCUUGGCAUCCUGUUCAUCCUUUAAUCGUCUCUGUUUCAUUGGCUGGUCUAGUAUACAUUUGGGCAAAAGAUUACACGGAGAACUGGAGCGCUUUUGCUCCUGAUUUCAAGGAGCUAGAGGAGAAUGAAGAGUAUGUGGAACGAGAAGAUGAGUUUGAUUUGAUACCUGAAACAGAAAAGGUGAAAGUCUUGGGUGUUAAUGAAGAUGAAGAUGUUGACAUAGAGACAGUGGAAAAUGAUGCUUUCAGUGAUUCAGAUAUAUCAGUGGAUGAACUCCGCUACCUUCCAGCUGAACCGAUCCCAGACACAAAUGAGCAGCAAGACAAUAUAAAGUUGAUCGAAGCUCAUAUAUCUGCAUCUCCUGCUUCUGAGGAGCCUGGUCAGAAUGGACAUGUGGCAGACCAUGCAUCAAGUCCACAUGGAGAGGAAAUGGGUGAGACGCUGGGAAAGAGAAAAAGGAAACCAUCUGAGAAAGGCAUGGAGCUGCAGGCGGAGAAGGCAAAGCCAUUGAAAGCGCCAAACAAAACAGUACGAGCGAAAACCAGAGUAGUAGUCGAUCAAGAAUUCGAUGACAGUGUAAAUGGUGUUGAUGAUGAUGCAUCUUAUUAUUGA